AUGACGAUCCAAGAAUCGCCUCUCCAACCAAGCCAACACGGCAUGGCUCCCGAAGGCGCAGCACCAAUGCAGCAACCAGAAGCGCACCUCGCCACAUCCCGCCCUCCUAUCGCAAACACGUUACCAACGCUAGAUACCAAAAGCGCCAAUCCACCUUCGAUUCCGCCGAACAAAACGCUGGCCACACAGGCUAAAGUCGCUAUUCCCCGUCAACGGGCCGGAAUCGCCCCACGUCAUAAUCGCCGGGUGCCCCGCGCUUGUGAGUCCUGUAGACAGCGCAAGACGAAAUGCAGCGGCGAUACACCGGUUUGUCGUCAGUGUCGCGAGCUGAGGGCUACCUGCAAUUAUCCGCAGGGAUGGAGGGAGAAAACUAAAAAAGCUGGGGGAGUUGUUGAGAGCCGCGCCGCCGACCGGAUCAAGAGCUUGCUGGACAAGCAUGGCCCGGAGGUGGACUAUUCGUCGCACAACUCUCGCUCUCAUUCGGGAACUCCUCAGGAUGAAGUCAUGGACAAUUACGAACCAUCCUCGCCUUCGUCUAUUGGAUCUCUCGAGGCGAUCGAUCGAGUAGAAGAGGACCUCAAUCGAUCGGAACAUGCUCGCGCAACCGGUUAUAUGGGAAAGAACUCGGAAAUCACAUGGAUGCAACGCCUGCAGAGGGAGGCAGAGCAACGUGCCCAAGGUCUUCCGGGGAGUCUGGAGCCUGGUCAAGAUCUCAAGACUGACAAUGCAUUAUCUCUCCACGCGGUCAAUUAUCACCUCGACGACCUGGAUAUCUCUGUGCCGGGCCCGGUGCAAUUGUAUUCUAUGCCUCCUCGCGAGGUAGCGGAUCAUAUGUUCGAGGCUUAUCUGACUACUGUGCAUCCAUUCUAUCCCAUCAUUAACAAACCUCUUUUCUCUGCGCAGUACCGGACCUUUUUCGACAGUGCGGCUCGGCCAGGUGACAAGUGGCUCGCUAUAUUGAACAUGAUAUUUGCCAUUGGAGCUAAACACGGUCAUCUCAUCGAUGCCCCGUGGGCUGGGAAUGAAAAGGACCACUUGAUGUACCUGACCCGAGCUAGGAUUUUGAGCAUGAACGGUGAUGUCCUCUUCAGUCACCCUGAUCUCCAGCAAGUUCAAGUAGAAGCCUUGAUUGCAUUCUAUCUUCUGGCUAGCGAUCAAAUUAAUCGGGCAUGGAGAAUCUCAGCUUUGGCAGUGCGCUCUGCGAUCGCACUCGGCAUCAACAUGAAAAGCAGCAGCCCAACCACACCCGAUCUUUCAAAAGAAGCCCGUUAUCGAGUCUGGUGGUGUUUGUACAACUUCGAGCAUAUGCUCGGUAUAAUGACUGGCCGGGCAACCUGUAUCCAGGACGGAGUGUGCACCUCGCCUUUUCCGAUUCCAUUUGAAGAACACCAGUUGCAAGAGCCUGCUGCCUUUGAAGUACUCACAGACACGACCCUGCGAGACGAACGAAUCAACAACGUCGUAGCGAGUGCAUGUAUCAGACAGAUGCCGCUCAACCCGGCAAAUGGCAAGGAGGCCAUUCACCAUACUCGAGCACGCGACACUUCUUGGAUCAAAGGUCUGCCUGUCAACUACGGACUCUGUUAUCUGUACUAUUGCGAUCUGGCAGUUGUCGCACAAGAAAUUAUCAACAAAGUCUAUUCAGUGGACUGUGUGAUGGUCCCAUGGGCGCAUAUCGAGAACCGGAUUGGUGAACUCAGGUCCCGAACCGAGAUGUGGCAAUCCAGUCUCCCAGCCGGGCUUGACUUCACACGAAAGGAUGAUGACGGACCAGAUAUCCUUCGCUACAAACUGACCCUAGCACUGCAUUACUACAGUGCGCGAAUCACACUAGGCCGUCCAUGUCUCUGCCGCCGCGAUGCCCGCCAAAAGGGCCCAAACCCAUCCUUCAGCCACGAAAUGGCUGUAAUAACCCUAGAGUCUGCUGGGCACAUGCUAGAUCUGAUCCCUGACGAGCCAGACGCCCUGCAACUCUACCGAAUCGCUCCAUGGUGGUGUAUCCUCCACUAUCUCAUGCAAGCCGCCACCGUCCUCCUCCUCGAGCUAUCAUUCGGCGCCGUCCACAUGCCCGAUGAAGAACAGAACCUCAUCAUUCUAUCCAAAAAGGCAACCCGCUGGCUCUUCGCCAUGUCCGAACGAAGCAUCGCCUCCCGCCGCGCCUGGCAACUCUGUGAUCUAAGUCUCCGCAAACUAGCCCAGGGCAUGAAAUACGACGUCAGCGAUAUGCCUUCCUACCCAUACCAACCCGAGCCGACAACCACCAUCGGCUCAGCACCACCCCCACCAGACCAGUCUCUAUCUCAAGACGCAUCUCACAGCGCUGGCGAUUUCUGUAGUCUGCAAGAACCGCCCCCAAUGUCUGGAUCACAGGCACCGCCUGGCGAAGAUAACUUCGCUCAUCCAAGUACCUCGACCUCGGAAUUGCUGUCCUCGUUAACGGCUGAAGCGCAAGACUCGUAUUUCCCGUAUGAUCCCAUCAGCGGGGAAUUCAUGAGAUCUUUCUUCCCGCAUUCUAAUGAGAAUGGUGAUUGGGAACAAUGA